GGCCUGAUGCUCCAGCUGCUCGGUGGCGGCGGGGAUUCCAGAGCAAGGGACGGGAAUUAGACCCACAUCCAGGCGAAACUUUACCUCUCUUCUAAAACUUGCUCCGCUCACCUUGAAAGCCGAAUCUUCCCCCAAAAUGCCCGGCGGCGCACUGACGGGGUUACUGGUGGCGCUGUGCGUAAGCAGCGCGGUCCACGGCUUACCAAAGAAGAGCCGCAGACAAAGCGGCCAGCAUCAGGUGUUCCCUCAGCUCGACGACGCGGACGACGUGUCUCCAGCUGGCUGUGAGGAAAACGGUCGCUCGUACAGGCCGAACGAGCAGUGGGAGAAACCCUACCUUAGCACCACCCUGCAGUGCACCUGCAACGGAGCAGCAGGCAUCAGAUGUAAAAGUCGACCGGAUGUGGAGGAGUCCUGUUAUGAUAGGUACAACGACCGCACAUACCGGAUCGGUGAAAACUACGAGAGGUCAAAGGACGGGAUGAUGUGGGACUGCACCUGUAUUGGUUCCGGUCGCAGCAAGAUCAGCUGCACCGUUGCAAAUCGUUGCCAUGAAGGCGUGAGGUCUUAUAAAAUCGGGGACACUUGGCAGAGGCCUCAUGAGACGGCUGACUACAUGCUGGAGUGUGUGUGUCUUGGAAAUGGCAAAGGAGAGUGGACCUGCAAGCCAGUGUCUGAGCGUUGCUACGACAGCAACGCUGCAUCAUUUUACGUCGUGGGGGAGACCUGGGAGAAAAUGUACCAAGGCUGGAUGAUGCUGGACUGCACCUGUCUGGGGGAGGGAAAUGGACGCAUCACUUGCACCUCCAGGAACCGCUGCAACGACCAGGACACCAUGAGGUCCCACCGCAUCGGGGACACAUGGACAAAGACGGGCAAGAGUGGACACGUUGAGCAGUGUCAGUGCUUAGGGAAUGGCCGUGGAGAGUGGAAGUGCGAGAGACACAACACAGGCCGAACCACCAGUGCGAUCGUGUUGGGCCCCACCCAUUCCCAGAUGGAGCAGCUGCCGGAGCCCCUCAUCGAGGGGACGUGCCGUACGGACUCUGGAUCCACCUACUACGAUGGACAGCGCUGGUUCAGAAGCCAGGGCAGCACGCAGAUGCUCUGCACCUGCCUCGGCAACGGAGUCAGCUGCCAGGAGUGGGAGCCCAGGACGCUUACGUAUGGGGGCAACUCAAACGGACAGCCGUGUGCUUUCCCGUUCGUCUAUAUGGGAAAGACCUACUACUCCUGCACCUCGGACGGACGCACAGACGGGCAGCUCUGGUGCGCUACAUCUUCUGACUAUGAGAGGGACCAGCAGUACUCUUUCUGUACUGAGAAGAAUGCCAUUGUGGCAACACGAGGUGGCAACUCCAACGGCGGCCUGUGCCACUUCCCCUUCCUCUACAGUGGCCGCAACUACACCGACUGCACUUCUGACGGGCGGCGGGACAGCAUGAGGUGGUGUGGCACCACCCAUGACUACGACACAGAGCAGCGCUUUGGCUUUUGCCCCAUGGCCGCCCACGAGGAGUCAUGCACCACCAACGAUGGAGUGAUGCACCGCGUAGGUGACAAGUGGGACAAACGCCAUGACGUCAUGGGUCACAUGAUGGAGUGCACUUGCCUCGGCAACGGCCGCGGGGAGUGGAGCUGUGUCGCUCACUCACAGCUGCGAGAUCAGUGUAUUGUUGAUGGCUCGUCCUAUGAAGUAAACCAGGAAUUCAACAAGCGCCACGACGAGGGCUACAUGAUGAACUGCACCUGCCACGGACAGGGACGCGGACGCUGGAAGUGUGACGCAAUCGAUCAGUGUCAGGAACCACAAACCAGGGCUUUCUAUCAGAUUGGAGAGACAUGGGAUAAAGUCCUCCAUGGCAUUAAAUACCGCUGUUCCUGCUACGGCAACGGAAACGGAGAGAUGAGAUGUGAACCUCAGCAGACCUACCCAGACGGCCACAGACCCGUCCAGGUGAUCAUCACAGAAGCAGGAAAACAGCCAGACUCCCACCCCAUUCAGUGGAACCCCCCCUCAUCUGUUGAAAUCACCCAGUACAUCCUCAAAUGGAGAAUUAAAAAUACCCGCGCACCCUGGAAGGAGGUCAACGUUCCCAGCCACCUCAACUCCUACACCAUCAGCGGGCUGCGUCCAGGCAUCACCUACGAGGGUCAGCUGAUCAGCAUCCUCCGCUACGGACGCCGUGAGGUCACGCGUUUCGAUUUCACCACCAACCAUGGUUCCUUGGAAACAUCGGAGGGAGAGACAACCUCGCCUGUUGCGGUGACGGACACUUCUGAGUCUGUGACAGAAAUCACAUCAAACAGCUUCGUUGUGUCCUGGACGUCGGCCUCUUCUACCGUCUCUGGCUUCAGGGUGGAGUACGAGCUCAGUGAGGACGGUGCCAAGCCGAAGGUCCUGGAUGUUCCUCGCACAGCCACCACUGUCACCAUCGCUGACCUCCUGCCAGGACGCAGAUACAACGUCAACGUCUACGAGCUCCCAGAUCAAGGAGAACCAAACCUCAUUUUGACAACCUCCCAGACUACAGCUCCUGACGCACCUGCUCAGCACGCUAUCGAUGACGUGGGAGAGUCCUCUAUCAGAAUCAGGUGGUCCAGGCCUCAGGCUCCUAUUACUGGUUACCGGGUGGUGUACACGCCGUCAGUGGAAGGCAGCAGCACUGAGCUCAACCUGCCAGACUCAGAAACAUCAGUGACGCUUGUUGACCUUCUCCCCGGUCAUCUUUACAACAUCAGUAUCUACGCUGUGGAGGAGGAGCAGGAGAGUGAGCCUGUUUUUGUACAGGUCAACACCGCCGGAUCCCCUGUGCCAGAGGAGGUCCCGGCACCCACAGACCUGCAGUUCCUUGAGGUUACUGAUAUUAAGAUGACCAUAACCUGGACCGGUCCACCCACCGAGCUGACCGGCUACAAGGUGCACUUCACCCCCGUUGGUCCUGACGGCACUGAGACGAGGCUCCUGCAGCUGUCUCCCUCGCCCAACGCAUACGCUGAUAUCACACACUUGCAGCCGGGCACACAGUACCGCUUCUACAUCUACGCCAUCAACGGUGGAGUGGAGAGCAAGCCGCUUGUGGGAGAUAAGUCUACAAAACCUGAUUCGCCCACCGAUGUGCGUUUCACUGACAUUGGCCCCGACAGCGCCAUGGUCAUCUGGGAGGCUCCCCGUGCCGUCGUCAGUGGCUACCGUCUCUUCCUGAGCCUCGAGGGCUCCAGCCCCAUCGAGAAGAGAAUACCUGGCAGGGUCACACAGUACCCCUUGAGGAAUUUACGUCCAGACACGCAGUACACGGCCGUCCUGCACUCAGACCUCGACAAUGAGCUCAGCGAAGGCGUCACCAGAUAUUUUACUACCUCUCCCCAGAUGGGAAAUGCUCCUCCUAUCAGCACCGAGGUCACUGACAGCUCUAUCAUCAUCACCUGGAUACCUGUUCGCAGGUUCAGCUACAAGCUGUCUGUGCUCCCCAGCCAAGAAGGCGAGUCUCCCAGAGAAGAUACUUCUGACUCUGGACAUAUUCAUAUCCUUGGUCUGAUUCCUGGAACUCAGUACACCUACAGCGUUCAGCCGAUCUUCAACGGACGCAACCGUGGAAACCCCAUCACACGCAACGUUGUCACUUCCCUCUCUCCUCCCACUGACCUCAGAGUAGAGUCCAACCCUGUCACAGGAGUUCUCACUGUCCACUGGGCGGCUUCCAAAGCACCAGGCAUCACGGGCUACAGGGUGACAAGCACGCCGACCGACGGCCAGCGAGGAAACACCCUGGAAGAGUUUGUCACAGCAGAUCAAACCUCAUGCAUGCUAGAGAACCUAAACCUGGGGGCCGAGUACAACAUCAGUGUCUUCACUACCAAGGACCAUUUGCAAAGUGUGCCCGUGUCCACAACUAUCACACCAGACAUCCCCACGCCACGUCACAUUGACUUUGUCGACAUUACUGACACCACGAUUGGCCUGCGCUGGAUCCCUCCGACCUAUGCUACCAUUACUGGUUACCGGAUAACGGUAGUAACGUCGGGGGAGAGCUUGCCAAUUUUUCAAGAUAUGGUGGAACCGUCUGCUGGUUAUUACACGAUUCGUGGUUUGGAGCCGGGUGUGGACUAUGACAUCGGUAUCUCCUCUGUUACAAGGGAGGGGGAAAGCGAGCCGACCACUCACACAAAGCAAACACAAGCUGCUAUUCCAGCUCCCACCAACCUGCAGUUUAGAGGGGUGGGUCCGGACCACAUUAGGGUGACAUGGGCCGUUCCCCAUGUAGCCACGCCAAGCGACAUCUCUCGCUUUGUCAUCCGUUACCACCCUGUUGCCACGGACGACGACAUCAAAGAGGUUAAUGUUGGCGGAGCCACCAACACCUUCGUGCUGGAGAACCUGCUGCCCAACACUGAGUACCGUAUAAGUGUUGUUUGUGUGUACGGGGAACGAGCAAGUGAGCCAGCCACAGGGACUCAGAGGACCACUCUGGACUCUCCGACUGGCUUGGACUUUUCCGAAAUUCGCACCAACUCCUUCAUCAUUCACUGGCUGGCUCCGACCGCCGCUAUCACCGGCUACCGCCUUAACUUCCAGAAGACGACCGGCGGGCGGUCAAAAGACGAGAGGCUGCCCCCAAGCAGGAACCACUUCACUCUGACCGGACUGACACCAGAGACAGAGUAUCUGGUGUCAGUGUAUGCUGUCAACAACAACCAGGAGAGUCAGCCUUUGACUGGCACACAGGCCACCAUCUCUGAUGCUCCAACUGACCUGGAAGUAACAUCAUCCACCCCGUCCAGCAUCACCAUUCGCUGGGACGCCCCCUCUGUCACAGUGAAGAACUACAGGAUCACCUAUGGAGGCACAAGAGGGGAGGCUCCCCAGGAGUUCACCAUCCCAGGCAGUCAGACCGACGCCACAAUCACCGGUCUUAAUCCCGGUACCGACUACACCAUCACGGUCUAUGCUGUUACCGGAAGAGGGGACAGCCCUGCUUCCAACACCCCGGUCUACAUCACACACAAGACUGACACCGAGCCCCCCACUGGCAUGAAACUGACUGGUGUGAGUGACAACGCCAUCACUGUGCGCUGGUCUCCUGCUCAGGGACCAAUCAGAGGCUACAGAGUCACAUGUGUCCCCAAAGCCGGCCUGGGACCCUCCUACUCUGAAGUGGUGGCGCCUGAUCAGACUGAGAUAACAUUCACAGGUCUGAUGCCCACUGUUGAGUACGUUGUGAGUGUCUAUGCCCUGGGCAACGAUGGACAACCCUCCUCCCCCGUGGUGGAGAAUGCUUUCACUGCUAUGGACCGUCCCAAGGACCUGACCUUCACUGACAUCGACUCAAACUCCAUGCGCAUCACUUGGGACAGUCCCGACGGCACAGUGACAUCAUACCGCGUCAUGUACUCCAGCUCAGAGGAGCGCGAGAGGGAGCUACUUCCAGCACCCAGAGGUGACCAGGACACGGUGGUCCUUAGGAACCUUCGCCCUGGGACAGAGUACACUGUCAAAGUCAUCGCCCUCCAUGGCAGCAGACCCAGCACACCUUUGGUGGGCACCCAGGCCACAGUGAUCCCUGCUCCGACCAGCCUGUUGAUCUCCGAUGUGGGUCCUUCCACCUUCACCGUGUCAUGGCGAGGCUCCAAUGCCCUCCUGUCAGGCUACCGCGUGGUCGUCAACCCUAAGAACAUCAACGGCCCCACCAAAGAGAUGAACGUCGCUCCGGACACCACGCGUGUUGUCGUACCAGGGCUCAUGGUGGCUACUACAUAUCAGAUACAUGUCUAUGCUCUGAAGAAAUCCGUCACCAGCAGACCGCUGGAGGGAGAGGCAACCACGCUGGAGGAGGUUAGUUCUCCUCGGCGCGUUCGCAUCAUCGAUUUGAAGGAAACUUCUUUCACGCUGACCUGGCGCUCCAAGACGGACGACAUCACUGGUUACCUCAUCGAUGUCACGCCCGUCAGUGGCUCGGAACCAACCCUGAGCAGGACCAUCCCAGGAGAUGCAACCACCUACACCUUCACAGGUCUGCAGCCAGGGACAAUGUACUCUGGGAACAUGUACUCUCUGAAGGGCAACACCAAGAGUGAACCGUUUCCCAUCCGCUUUACAACAGCUAAACCAGUGGUCCAGGCUCCCACCAACCUCCAGCUCUCAUCUGUGACCCCCACCUCCAUCUCCUUCACCUGGCAGCCACCUUCCACACAGAUCACAGGUUACUACGUCACCUACGAGGAGUUAGGAGGGGAGCCACAGGAGCUCAACCCCCGACCCCAUGCCGGCCAAAACUAUGCCAGCAUAUCUGGCCUGAGCCCAGCAACCAUAUACAUUAUCAAGAUCAUCGCCAUCCAGAACACUCAGCGGAGCACACCUCUGGAGGGCAAAAUAAGGACUCAACCAGACUCCUUGCUUCCCUUGCCUCUGCCCAACCGGCCCGGAGGUUCUGGGGGCGGGCUGGAUGUGCCUGAAACUGACUUGGAAAACACAGUCCAGGUAGCGGGCAACAAUGACCAGGAGGGGCAUGGCGGUCAGAGCCAGACUGUGGAGUACACAGAGUACAACAACAACAACAACAACAACGGAGACAACAACAAAUACAAUGGGAACGGUGGCAACCCACAGUAUCCCUAUGGGCAAGAUCGUGAGUCCCUGGUCUUUUUGCCCCUCCCUGAUGCAGAGGGCCACAGAGUGCCCAUCCUGAAGCUGAACUUGCCGAUUGGUUCCACGUUUGAUAACGAGACAGAUGUGCCGCAGGAGGCCCAAACUAAGACUUCCAUCUCCUGGAAGCCUUACAGGCAGAGCAACGCCUACAUGGUGUCCUGCUAUCCCCUCACACACUUAGAUGAGAAGAUGUUCCAGGUCCGCCUUCCAGGCACAGCCACCACUGCCACCCUGAUAGGACUCUCCCCCGGAGCAAACUACAAUGUGAUCGUUGAGGCUCUGAUGGGGGCACUCAAACACAAGAUAAUGGAGCAGGUCGUGACCGUUGGGAACACAAUCCCAGAGACAGUGCCCUCCAGCCAGGACUUGUGUUAUGAUGCUUUUACUUCAACCUACCACGAUGUCGGGGGUGAAUGGGAGCGGAUGUCUGAGACGGGCUUCAAGCUGUGGUGCAGGUGCCUCGGUCUGGGAAGUGGCCACUUCAGAUGUGAUUCAUCUAAGUGGUGCCAUGACAAUGGCAACAACUAUCGCAUUGGACAGAGGUGGGACCGCCGCGCAGAAAACGGUCACUUGAUGAGCUGUACUUGCUUGGGAAAUGGCAAAGGAGAGUUCAAGUGUGAACCCCAUGAUUCGGUGUGCUAUGAUGAUGGCAAAUCUUACCAGGUGGGAAACCAGUGGCAGAAGGAGUACCAGGGUGCCAUCUGCACCUGCACCUGCUUUGGAGGACAGCAGGGCUGGAGAUGUGAGAACUGCCGCAGACCAGGGGGGGAUGUUGAUGCCGGUCUGGUGCAGCCUGUGAGAUACGGACACAAAGUACAAAACAUUCAUUGCCCCAUCGAGUGCCUCCGACCGGACCUGCUGGCAGACACACACGUUCCUCAGAGUCCUCUGGAGUGAAGCUGUGGACAUCGCCUUUGCUCCCUUUUUGUCCAAUUAUGCACUGUCUCACUGUCAUAACCGCCUUAUCACUUUUUGUACGUUUAUCCAUAGAUGUCACACUGGCCCGAUCAAAGCGAUCCACCUCUAAAGCCGGUCUUUUCACUGUGCACUCUCAAGGCUCUAAAUUCAUACUCAAUUGUAAAAUGAAAACUAUUAUUGGGAAAAUUAUCCUUCUGUGUGUAAUUCAGUAGAAUAUAGGACUCAGAUUUACUAUUCAAAUUGAGAUCCUUUUAAAUAUUCAUACUCAUCAAAAAGAGCAGAAACCUUUGGAAAGAAGAGCGCGGUGUUAAAUUGUCCCAGAACUGGUGGGUCUUUUCUGUAUCUUACUGAGGGGUCACACACUGUGUGAUUGACACGAGUCUUUCUACUAACUUAUCCCUUUAAUCUCAAUGUGUGAAUGUGAGAAAUCGGAACUGUUCUAUUUUUAUACUUUGUUGCCAAUGUUGUUUCUACCGUUUGACAAAAAGUCCCUUAUUUGAAUAAAGCAGGAGAGAUGCCAAAACCCAA